AUGGCGCACGUGCUUAGCGGCGCCUGCCUGGGGAAUAGGGAGCAGGCCAGAUGGUUCCUCAGAGUAGCGCGAGCGCAGACAGGGACGGCGAUCAGCAAAGUGGCACAGGCGGCACCCGACUCCAAGGAUACGCUGAAGACGCUGAGGAUGGCGCAUGUCGCUGCGCUGAAGGGCUCACGCUACAGGGUGCUGGACGAGGACGGGUACGAUACACUAGCCCCCGCAGUCGGGGGGGUGUUGCCAGCACUGGUAGAUGACCUCUCGGAGAAGAGCCGAAGGGACCUUGGCACCGGGGUCACGAGGAACCUGCAAGUCGUGGCCGAGGCGGCGACGGGAGCGGUGCAGAGGUGGAUACAGCUCAAUGAUGAGGCUACGGCGCGCAUAAUGAAGAGAGAGGAACACAUCGAGUGGCUGAGGAAGCUCUUCGCUGGGUGGAAGGAGGCCCGCCCGGCCUUGAGGGAGUCGCGGAGGAGGAGGGAUAACGGAGGCAACGUGCAGACAGGCCAGCAGCCAGCGGGACGAACGAGGACCGCGACGGCAGCUCAAGCGGGAGGGAGCGGAGACAGUGGGCAGCGAGCGAAGUGGGUGAGACUGAUGAUGCUCCUUCGACUUAGGGAGCGGUUCCGCUGCUGGGCGAGCUUCAGGGUGGUGCUCACGCGAAAAGGAAUCGACGCAAUGUACAAAGCAUACAAGAAGAGGAGAAAGAAGAGGAGAGGCGCCAGUGAUGACGAAACAGAAGCUAGUGCAGACGAGGGCAGGUCAGACCCGGGGACGGCGGAGGCGGACCAGACGGCAUCGACCGCCGAGGGAACGUUGGGAAGAGGCACGAGGAGGGCGGCGACCUCAACCGACUAUGGAGGACCAGUCGCCAGACGACGCAGGGCAGACGACGGUGAGGCGGAGCAGUCGCGCAGGGCGAGACGAGGGAGGGAGCAGGACGUUGCGGAGAUCAGCAGGAGGAUGUACGAAGAGAUUAGGAGCAGCAGGGACCCGAGGGACCAUGUGGAAGACGGCUAG